GGUCGCGGUCGCGUACCCGAGAGAAAAAAAAACACAUAGUCCACUUGCUCAUUCGCGGAGCGCCUUAGUGUUUCUGGGCGGCUGUCCGCCGCGUAAUUUUGCCGGCCAAAAAAGGGGCUUAGCGAGAGUGUGAGUAAAUGAUUAACCGGUGGUGACGAGUUUGAACAACGGCAGCAAAGUAUCUUCCGGAUGAACCGUAAUAAACCGUUUAAUGUGUAAAUAAUCAUUUCUUUUUGAAAAUUUCGACAUGUGACAAAGUGGUGUCUCCUGUUUCGAAGGAAUAAGGACGAUGAAGAUCGCAGAGAGGACGGAGUAUUCAUCGAACAAACAAUUAAUCCAUCCACCGGUUGCGAAUUAAGCUCUAUGCAUCUGUGGCGCCAAAAUCAUGGCAAAUCAAUUCGUACACCUUUUUGACGUCCAUUUUUUAAAAGAAUACUAAUAUUUCAUAUAAAUUACAUACACAUUUGGCAGUGAGUGAGGGGAGUGGGGGGCGAGAGAGGGGACGAUGGCGAAGAUGCAAUACAACACACAAGUGCAACCGAUUGCGAUGCAGUAGGCUGCGUAGAACAAUUAAUGCCAAAAAUAAUGACGAGAUCUACAACAGGCCCUUGGCGGGGAUUAGAGAGAAACUACCGAUCCACUUUCUCCUUCUUUCUUGUCUACCAUUUGAAUGCUUCCACACUAAUAACCACACCAGUCCCGGUAAUCAUCACAAACUUCUUCCAAAAACAUUUGAGGACAUGUGUUAAGUUAUGCUGUUUCAUAGGUUGUCCCGGAUCCGGGCGACAAUCACACUGUGUACUAAUCAACUAGCGCCACCGCGUUCACCGCGUGGUUCCUGACAGUCACCUUUUACGUACCUCCUUCCAACUAACCGGAGUAGUUUCCGUACCUUACGUUCUCCGUAAAUGUAUUAAGUAACAAAGAUAUGGGCAUGUUUGCAAUACAUUAGUUUAGCGAAUAUACGUUUACGCAAUUCUGUGACCGCCGUAGUAGUAGUAGUAGUUGUAGCUGUUUAGUAGUUUUUAAGUUAGUUUAAACUUGCCGGCCAAUCCUGGCCCAGGCACACACUAGCCAGUGCAUGCAACCGUGUUGUGAAAUACCCAGUGGCAGAGGCACCGUCUGCCCGCCUUGGCCUACUGGGCCGGCACACGGGUUCACUGAAUUUGAGAUUAUUUAUUUUCCUUUUCCUUCUUCGCAAAUUAAGAUCACCUCCGCUCAACUCACUCCAACUCCCCACGAUCCCCUCCACACAGAUGGCGUCAUUAGAAACAGAAGAAGCACUAGCUAAUAAACUAGACAUUGAAAUUGGAAAGGAUUUAGCCUAGUGGCGGAUAUACGUACAUGCAAAAGAAGAUACGCUGCUAGUACUUGAUGCUUGUAAAUAGAGAGAAUCGUCCACUUAUAUCCUUGGAGUAGCUGGCAGCAUAACAGUCCCUAGACUUCCAGUUCUCCACUCAAACAGAUACACGCACACACGAAUACACACAUCAUCACCACGAUCGCGGGUAUUGUUGUAUGCCAAAUUACCAAGUUCUAAUUUUAAACGUCACAAACGUCUUCUUCUUACCUACAUAGAUACCUAUAUCAAUAUAAAAACAUAAAGCUAAAUAUACACAAUACACUCACAAGUAUUAGCGAGCUAUUUUUAGCAGCAGCAGCAGCAGCAACAGGAGUUUGAUUGUUUCGUCCCUGUCGAAAGUCGGUGGCUUUGUGUCAAAGACACUAAUCUGGUCACGAGACAGCAACAAAAGAAGGAGCGCAUAGUAGCGAUUGUUUCGAUUUUUCUUCCAAUCACCUCUCCCUACACGCGGAUCCAUUCAAAUCACUUAGCAAUAUGGCGUAUAGCAAAGCCGCUUAGUACAAGAGAAUAGGACGUUUCAUUUCUCUAGCGCCACAGGCACACUCAAGGACAAAACGACGUUGUUAUUAGGACAUCCUAUCAGGAGAGCGCUCCCUUCAAAAGCGGCGAUUAUGUUUAGCGUUUGUAAAGUUUUCUCUCCUGAACCUGAUCAUGUUGACCACCUCAAAGGGGGUUAUAACUGUGUGUGUGCGUGAGAGUGCCCGUGUAUGUGUGUGUGCGUGUGUGAGUUUGUGUGCCAGGCAUGGUGGAGCUAAACUUUAAUAUCGCGCGAAAGCUGUAUUAAGACGAGAGGGGAAUAUAUUACGAGAAGGGAAUGGGGUAGAAUGGAAACAUAUUAUUGGACGCGGAAGAAGACAGUUUCGUAAGAUGAAACGAUCGGAUGUAGAACAUCUUCUGGCCUGAUGAUGGAAGAAGUGUACAUACGAGUACAUAUAUACAUAUACAUUUACAAAAUAAAAAUAUAUAUAUUUGAAUACGAUCGUGUACCAUUUGGAUUAUUCGGUGUGACGUGUCGAAAUUUGGGGCGAUAAAAGAGACAAACAAUUAAACAAUUAUUAAACACUUGGACGUGGCCAAGAUAGUACGGAAGGCGGUGGGGGACGUUAAUACGUCAAGCGAAACAGCAGCAGUACACCUGAACACACAAUUAAAACAAGAAAAUUCAACUUCCAUCUUACAAAACAUUUGUCGAGACAACGCAAAACACAUACACAUAAACAGAGGAUGGUGCCGUAGGCCACCAGCAAAAGUAGUGAAAUAUUUAUAGGGGUUUGAACCGUAUAACUGAACAAAACAAGUGACAACAAAAUGCAAUUGCUGCAUUGAAUGGGUAGGACAAAGUAUUCGAUAUGUUGUUCCUCAGAAAUAGGCAAACUCAUGUUGCAAAUUGUGUCAAAUCGGGGCAGAAUCGAAGCAAAAUGUUAAAAUAAAAAUUUAGUGAAAACAUUAACUGCA